AUGGCCACUCCCCAGCACUAUGUUUGGGCAGGAGGUCACUUCCUCAUGCUCGCAUGUGCCUCCAAAUACCUCCUCGCCUGGCUAACCUUCCGCAGCGUUGGCCAGUCUAGACUCUACUCUCUGAGCUACUUCGGUGCACUCGUCAGCUAUGCCAUCGUGUGCUAUAAAUCGUUCGCAACUCAAGUGAGCAUGACUAUACACUCAUGGGAAUAUUCUAAUCUGUUCGAGCAGGGGGCACCCAGUGCGACCACGCUUAGGCGCGCCUUGAUGGACGAGAACGUGCAAUACUUCAUCCUCGCGUUUUUCUGGUGGAUGUCCAAGCCUAUUCCAGUGUCCCUUAUUCCGUUCGCAACCUUUUCUCUUUUCCACGUUUUGACGUUCCUGCGUUCGAACCUCCUACCACAUUUCUUCCCGCCGACGCCACCUGCUGCUGCUGGACAACCGCCCACGCAGCAUCCGUUCCUGAAAAAGGUCCAGGGCUGGAUCAAGGCAAAUUAUGACCCUGCGAUGCGCAUCGUCGCAUACGCGGAGCUAUUGAUCCUCGUCCGCGUUGCACUGGGAGCACUGACGUUCCAGAACUCACUCCUCGCACCCGUCAUCUUCGCGCAUUUCCUGCGUUUGCGCUUUUACCAGUCGCAGUUCACGCAGCGAGCUGUUUCACAUGUUCAGAGUCUCAUCGACGGCUUCGUGCGCCGUCCUGGAAACCCACCUGUGCUGGCUAGUGUGUGGGAAAAGGCGAAGGUGCUGAUUACGCGCUGGUCGGGCACUGUUCUUACCCAGGCGCCCCAGCCUCAAGCGCAGCCCGCUGGUGCUGCCGGUGCUGCAGGAGCCGGAGCCGGAGCCGGAGCAGGUCGUCGCUGA